AUGGGCGGAUGGGUGAAAAGCAUACCUUUUCAUGUUUUUAAGAGGCAUUUCACAUCGAUUAGUUUGAUAAGGUUUCGUUUGGUCAUGGCGACAAGACGAAGCACUUUCGCUGGAGGCGAGAAAGAAGCGGAUAGUCGCGUCAGAUCUUUAACAGAUACCGCCUUUCUGAAGUCGCCUAAAAAAACCUGCAGCUGCCUGGAAUUGGUACGAGAAACUAUUCCAGCUCUUACAGAGUGUGCUCACAAAGGACAAAUGGGUAGAAUAGGAGUGAUAGGAGGAUGUCAGGAGUAAGUAUACUUCGAAUAAAGAGAGUUCAUAUGGGUAGAGUCCACCUUGAAUUUCAUAAUAUAUGCACCUUUUGAUUUGCUUCUGGUCUUGUCUUAGAAGCGUUGUUAUGUUAUAUAUUGAAAGAAAGGUUAAAUUAAAUUACCAUUGGUGAAGUAAACAUUCGCUUAUGUUUAUUUAACAAGGCAUAAGAUAUUGCACAGCUAGUUUCUUGGUGCAAUGUGUAUCAUUGGGUCAUAUACAUUUAAAAAAAGCCAUACCCAAUCCUUGGUUAGUGUUGUAAAUUUAUGCAAAACCUUUAAAACUGAACUGAACUUUAUGCUGAACCACAGUCAAACCUGUAUAAUAUGUCAGCCUUGGGGAAUGGCUAAAUGACCUCUUACAGCACAGGUUGACCUCAAAAUACAGUUUUGAGCAGCCUCUAAGAGUAAAUAAAGAAAAGGAGAGGGUUACAAAGAAAAGUAUCCUGUUUGAAUACCGAAAACAAAAAUACAACAAUGAAAGUGUUUUUUAUCUUAAAAUAAAAACGAAAAUUUGACCAAAAGAAGACAUGGGUAGUAACACGUCAUCAGUGCGGAAUUUAUCCAGUCAUUGCUUUGAUGUCAUUUUGCAUAUGUUGUUUCAACGAUGGUUUUGGUUAUUAGGUGAAACAGUAACAAGUUAAAGCCAAGCUAUUAUUACCUAAAUAAAAGAUUUCUAUACAUGAUAACAAAAAGUGAUAUUUUUUUGCAGGUACACUGGUGCUCCCUAUUUUGCAGCAAUAUCAGCUUUAAAAGCAGUAAGUUUAUUCUAUGUAACAAUUGCUGAAAUGUGAAAUUUUUGUAACUUAUGAAAAAACCGUGAAAAUACUGGUCUAUGGGCAUCCUAAUUUUCAGUACUGUACAGUGUACUAACCAUCAACUAACUCUGUUUCUUCAUUUUUUGUCUAUGAAAUUUUUAAUUCUCAAUUUUUUUUCAUAUUUUUUUUCAAACAAACACUCAUGUAAAAAUUAAGUGAUUGUAAUAAUAUUGUAAUCAUUUUUGAUUUGCAGGGAGCAGAUUUGUCUCAUGUCUUCUGUACUAGUGAUGCAUCCGUGGUGAUAAAGUCUUACAGUCCUGAACUCAUUGUUCAUCCACUCUUGUUAGUACUAAAAAACAUAAAUGUAAUUAGGGAUACUUUAAAUUUGAAAGCAAUGCCAAAGAAAUUCCAUUUAAAGGGACAGGUUCACGGUUCAGCGCAUACUCAUUUAUCAAAUUGCUGUUUUUCUACUAGGACAUGUUGUACUGUCUAUGCAAGCAAUAUGAUUAUGUCAUAAUGUUGUCAAAGAACUAAUCUGCACACUCCCCUGGCAGUCACUUGCACUUGAUCAACUUAAAUGUUUGCAAAUAGCUGUAAAUUAAUCAACCAUGGAAUAAAGCCUUCGGGUCAGCGAUAAAUUUAACGUUGGUAGUGUUGGCAUAAUCCAGUAAUUUUUUCUGCAACUUUAGUACUCUUCCAUCCUACUACAGGUUACUCUGAAAUACACUUCUACUUUGAAAUACACUCUGAGAUUGCCGAGAUACAUGUGAGUGGGAUUACCAACCGAUAGAAUUAAUAAUAAAUUGGAAAAAAGUAAUUUGAUUAAUGAGCAUGCACUUAACCGUGAAUGUGUCCCUUUAAAUGUAUCCUGGAAACUUUCAUUACUUAUUUCAAAAACACCUUUUAUGCUUGAAGUGGUCUGUUUUCCCCAGCCAUUUUGAAAAAAAAGGGAAAAAAAUUGUUGAGUUUCUCAGUUGCUAUUGUUUAACUUUAUUGUCUUCAACAAAUUUCCACUUCUUGUAGUAAGGAGAAAAAAUAAUGUCUUUUACUUAUGUUUCAAGUAUAGCAGUGAAAAUUUUAAAAAGUAAGUAAAAUGCCUGUGGUUGCAGGUUGUGAGAGAAGUCAGAAUAAGGACUUUUACAUGGACCCCAGACUUUGCAAUAACAUAAUCAUUUUAACAUGAGUUGUUGUAGGAGCUAAAGUCUGUAUGUUCUACAUGUAGUUUGUAGGAAAAGGCCUCCUGUUAGCUGCAGCCCUUUACUAACAGCUCACGGUGUUUCCCCAGGGAUAAAAAAACAGCUGUGAAAGAGGUAAAAGAUUGGCUGUCAAGACUUCAUUGUCUUGUCAUAGGCCCAGGGAUGGGAAGAAAUCCUACAAUAAUUGAGAAUGUCAAGGUAACUUCAUAAUUUCUUGAUUCUUACUAUUGUUUUGUAAUAAUUGCAAAAUGUGCACUCUGCUCACUUUGUAUUUUUCUUUUUGUAUCCAGGGUGUUCUUGAACUUGCAAAAGAACAAAACAAACUCCUUGUCGUAGAUGCAGUUGAGUAAACUAUUUAAUGACACAACUUACUGGUAACUUUUAGGUGUGUGUGUGUGUGUGUGUGUAUGUUUUAUCUUUUGCUUUUGAUGAUCAAUGUUUCUUUGGUAAAUUUUCUCUUAUAUGCAUUUAUCAGUAGAGAAUUAAAUAUUUUUUCGUUGCUGGGUCUUUACUCCUAUAGUACAUUUGUAAAAUUAUUAGCCAGGCAAAAAGACUGUUUAAUUUUUUUAUAGGAUGGGCUCUUUAUGGUCACCUCAUACCCUGAAAUAGUCAAGAACUACACCAAGGCAAUACUAACACCAAAUGCAAUGGAGUUUUCAAGAUUAUACAACACAAUGGUACUGAAAUUAUAGACUGCAAAUGUAAUUAAUUUGUUCUGAAAUAUUUUGGCUGAAUCAUUAAUCGAAUCAGACAGAGAAAGUAUUAUUGAAGUAACUGCCUCUUACAACCUGUAUCCCUGAAAAAGCUGGAUACAUGGUAACACUGUCCUUCCUUUUAGAGGCUCUUCUAUCUUCAGUGGCUUUAAGGACAACAAACAGACAUAUUAUGUGCUUCAUAUCCUCUUCUAAGUGUAUAUCGAGGUGGAUAUGUGGAUAUGCAGUGAUUAUUAUUUACCAGGGUAAAGGUUUUUAAUCUACCAUGGGGACAGAGCACAUAAGGAAAUAUUGUUAACUUUUACUCCGAUUGCUUGGGAUGUCAGUUGUCGCGUCAUAACUAGUGUAUAAUAUAGCUGUUUGUACCAAUUUCUAGUUUGGCCGGGAACCUGAUCCUUCAAUAGACUCUUCAAGUCAUGUGACCCAGUUAUGCCGAGAGUUCGGAGGGGUCACGAUAUGUCGAAAAGGACAAGAAGACAUUCUUGCAGAUGGAAAGGAUGGUAAGAAAUUUGGCUUCAAUGUUCGUAUAGAAACUUGUAAGCAUUCUGUUUUUGUUUCUUAGAGUGGCAUGUAGAGCCCCCAGACCCUCCCACUGGCUUUUAGUAGGGUAACUGAAAGAGCAGUGAAUCCUGUAAAAAUCUGUCUAAAGUCAGUGGAGUCAAUGUCAUGAUUUCUGGAGAGAUAAUCACAGUUUUUUUGUUCCAACCGUUUGUACCAUUGUAUAGUAGUUCAUUGUACAACUGAAGGAAGCAACAGAAGGUGUGGAGGACAAGGUGAUCUUUUGUCUGGAUCCAUGGGAGUAUUCUUUCAUUGGGCUGAUACAACAUUCAAGAAAAAGACCAAGGAAGAAAGGUAUUUAUAUAAUAAAUAAUAAUAAAUGUCUUUAUUGCUCGUUAGAUAAAAAUACAUAGCUUAUGUUACAGGAUAAAAAGAUUAAAAGUUCAGCUAAAUUACAAUAGAAUAAAAAGAUUAACAAAUGUGAAAACUAGAUACAUAUAUCUGACAAAAAAAUAUCAUAAAAGGUUGUAUUUAAAAAUUAAUCUAUGUGUUCUCAUAACGUUCAGUAUUUAUCUUGGGCCUCUGGCAACUUUUACGUCUAAGGUUGUAGGUUAAAUUGUUCUUUUCUUGCGGUAAGCAAACCUUCAGAGGGAUCACGCUGUUUAACUUUUUUUAAAAAUCGCUUCAUGAUCUUGUUUUUGUAGUGAUGAUCUAUUAUUUAACUGCGUAGAUAUAAAGCGCAACUUAUAGUGUCUGUCUAAAAAUUGCUGAAGGACAUUAAUUUCCGCAACGGAGGCACCAUAAACAGAUAGUCCGUAGGUUAUGUUAGGAAGAACAAUACUAUAGACGAGAGAAUCAAUUUCUGUUUGGCAGUAACGGUCUUUUCUACAUACUCUCAGCACGUGUCCGCAUUUGUUGGCCCUGCACAGUUUAGCUUUUAUGUGUGCAAAAAAAUUACAGUCAUUCCUGAAAGGUCAAACCUAAUAAAUCAAGAGUGGCAUGUCCCGCGCGGGAUCCUUUCAUUUUCAGUUAAGAGGCUUAUAAUGACUGUUACAAGGCAGUAAACGUCUUCACAGUCAGCCAUUAGAGUCUUGGUUUACAACAGAAAUAAUAGAAAUAUCGUUUUAGCAUAUUACUCACGGUUCUCUGCAGUUUGCUUUUCUGGUCACGUGCAUCUACGGUGGUAAAAUGUGCCGCAGGUCACCUGCACCAGUGUUGUGGGAAAUUUUUUAUCACGGGCUGCUGGUACUACUUACUCCUUUUACUUGUAAAUACUAAAACAAGUGGUUUACGAGAUUUAAAAAGGAAAUUGCAAACCUGGUAAUAAGCCUUGUCAUAGAAACUAUUGCAUUUACAGUCAGAAAUGUCAUCCAUCUCUUCGCGCCACCCACCCCCCACCCCAACGGACGGAAAGGGGGGUGGGGCGAAGGGACGGAUUGCAUUUCAGACUAUUGUAUAUAACGUUGUAUUUUUUGAUCGCUGUCGGAAAUUUUGACGCCAAUCAGUAACUAUUUAUUGAACCCUCCUUAACCAAGAUUUUGUUUCCAUUUAAUUUAUUUAUUUUACUGCACUUAUUGAACUUUAACCUUUAAAAGCGAACACAUUACAUUUUCUUUUGCACUUACAGAGCAUGCGUAUAUGGUCGAACAUUGGUAGCUGCCUAUGGCGCCUGCGCUUUAACACGAACCUGCAACAGACUGGCGUUUGCAAAGUACAAGCGGAAUAUGACUACUACAGAUAUGGUCGCAGAGAUUCACGACGCAUUUCAAUUGUUAUUUCCUGAAAAAAAGUCAGAUGAGAACGUAACAAGACAGGAACACACUGUAUGAAGUAAUUCAGCGGACUUUGUCAUGGAAUUUUAUUGAUUAGGCAUAUUUUCGAUAUUACAAGAUCUAAAUGUUUAAUACAUGCAGAGAUUAUUAUUUUCGGGCGUUAGGAUCAUAUGUUUUCAUGCUUUUUGGGCGAAACUUAAAAAAAUCAGUCGAACGUUUUUCGUCUUUCCUCCAUGCUGUUUUAACCUUCUACAAUUUCCCUUAUUGGCUUUUUAUACUGUGUAAACUUCUUUUCUUUUCUGUAGUUUUCAGUAAGAUAAAACAGUCGGUGAGUACGCAAAUUGUCUUAAAUUUCGUGACAUACUCCUUUUUUCUCACAGAAAACCUUAGUUACUUUAGAAAUGUGGGUUACUAGUUGACCAGGAUUCAAGAGACAUGAAUUCUUGUCAUUUGCAUAUUUCUUCAAACUCUCUUCAGCGUGGCUAAACCCUCUCACACUUCAAAGUCUCUCCUGGAGAAAUGUAAUGCUGUUGUUAUGUUUACCAUUUAACCCUUUAAGCCCCAAUAUCCACAUAUAAAUUCUCCAAACUGAUCUCUAUACAUUUCCAUAAAGAAUGUGUUGAGCAAAUUUGAUAAAAGAUCAAGGCAUUUUCUCAUUGUUGAUCAUUUUAUUAAUUCUCAUAACCUAAUCUCUUGACAAAUUAUGGAUAUCGUUAGGAGAAAAUUGAUGUUGGUCACCAUUGGGACUUAGAGGGUUAAAUGAAGCACGUCAUGGGUACUUGCUGUCUUGAGUCCAUGGUCAAAAUUCUAAUUGGGGCGUGUUACGGUCGUAUACUACAUUAAACAUUUCAAUCGCGCUAGUUCUUUGUUUAGUUUUGCACAUUCCUUUUACAUUCUUUUCAGUUAUCGCGAUUCAUAUUCUGUUAGACUUCUCUGCGUAAUUUCCUUUGUUUUUAGAUCAUUUUGUAAGUUUCAUCGUUUAUGUUAGAUUCAUUUCGCUUCAGAAUUCGCAGCAACAUCAUCUCAGUUUCGUUCAGUUUUGUCAGUUGCCAUCGUACCCUUUUCCGUUCAACUUUGUUCAAGUCACACAACGUUUGUAAGUACUUUCGCUUAGUUUGUUUCCUUUCAUGUAUUUCGUCGUUUCAUAGCUGUUAUUUGUAUUCCUUAGUAACUUUCAAUUUUGUUUUUAUUGUAACAACCGUAAUCGUAAUUCGAUGUUACCGUAAUAACAAGAGUUGGAACGGUGGGACUAUUCGCUAUAUAAGUGCGUCUACGACAGUUUUUGCGUGAUAGCAUCACCGUGUUAUCAUUUUAAACGUUUUCUAUCGGGGCUUUCAAAUUGAAAUUCGGGAUUUUUUUAAAUUUAAACUUUCGGUCCCGUUGGAAGUGAAAAAGUUAAAUUCAUGGCAGUGAUUGUUGUGAGUUUGUUACAACUCUUUUUUUGUUUUCCAGUUUUUGCAUGGGACCUAUAAGUCCCGUUCGUGCACAUUCCCUCUGGGCAGGCCUGUGUCCAGAAAAGCUGGUAAAUAAAUAAAUAAAUAAAUAAAUUUGAAAAUCGUGAAAGGGCAAUGAUCAUUUGUCCUCAUACCAGAUCCUCAGUGCAAGUUACUUGAACUUUGAUUGACUUCACUUUUUUGGAAAAAGUGAAACAGUUGUACACUGCAAAGGUCUGCAAAAUAAAUUGUACUGACCAUGUAAUAUGUAAAUCAUGAUAACAAGGGUUAAUUAUAGUAAGAUAAAUGUGAAUAAAAUGUGAUAAGUAC